AUGGUCCAUAGUUACAUAUAUCUGGGGCAUGAAGUGAGGAUUGGUAGAGACAACCAAACAGCAGAACUGCUCAGAAGAACAACUUUAGGAUGGGCAGCAUAUGGCAAACUUCGUGAUGUCUUCAAGAGCGAUAUUCCAACCAAGCUGAAGAGAAAGGCUUUCAACAUGUGUGUUCUACCCGUUCUAACCUACGGUGCAGAGACCUUAACCCUGACCAAAGCAUCGGCAAGAAAACUGCAGAAAACGCAGCGCAGGAUGGAACGAUCGAUGCUGGGAAUAAGUCUAAGAGACAGAAUUCGAAACGAGGAGAUUCGCAGAAGGACGGGUGUUGAUGAUGUUUUGGAGAGAGUGACGAGAGCUAAAUGGAGGUGGGCAGGACAUGUUGCAAGAUCUAACGACGGAAGAUGGACGAGGAAAAUUCUGGAAUGGCGACCAAGAGCAGACAAGCGAAGCCGAGGCCGACCUCCAACGAGAUGGACCGAUGACUUGAAAAGAAUCCACACCAACUGGAUGGAAGCCGCACAGAAUAGAGAAAGAUGGAAAUGCCUUGGGGAGGCCUAUGCAGAUCUAACACUUCUAACAAGGGAAAUAGAGCUGAUUACAGCCACCUUUAAGAAUGAUCAGGAGAUAGUUAACGAGACUAGUGAAUUAUCACAAACUAUUACAAAUAUUGUUAAUAAUCAUAAACCUAUUAAAAAGCAAAAAAUAGCCCUCAAAUAUGAUAUUAAUGACAUGGGUCCAUUUAUAGUUAUUAUGGAAUCCAAAUCAGGUAGUAAUAUAGGAAACAUUCAUCCAAUGAAUUUAGGUAAAAAAUUAGCUGCCUUGAACAUCAAGGGAAUAAAAAAUAUUUCUAAAAAGGGUAAAAAGAGAAUAGCUGUAGAGUUUGAUAUACCGGACCGAGCCAAUAGUUUUUUGAACAACCAUCCUUUUAUACAGGAUCAGGAUAUUGAUGUGUUUAUCCCUGCACGUAUGGUUAAGUUACCCAUUACAUUUUGGAGAUCUCUGAUUGAUAACAUAUCACAGCCUUAUAUCAUAUGUGGUGAUUUGAAUGCUCAGGAUCCUACUUGGGGGUCGGGUACUCAAAAUGGAAAUGGCAAAGUGUUGAGUGAACUUCUUUUGUCAGAUGAUGUGACUAUACUUAAUGAUGGUUCAGCAACCAGAAUCACCAUACCUGGUACCAGUUUGAGCGCUCCUGACAUUACCAUAUGUUCAAGUGAUCUUAAAAUCAAAGCAAAAUGGGAAAUAAUUCCUGAUCCUGGAAAUAGAAAUACAACACCUCCCAGGCAGAUUGGUUGA